CGCCGCGGCCCGACCCGCUCCGCGCCGCCGCCGCUCCCGCACCCGCUCCCGCACCCGGCGCCGCCGCAGCAGCAGCUGCGGGUCGUUCCCCGGAGCCUCGCGGAGCCGCUGCCCAGGAUGAGCCGCCUGCGCAGCACCGAGCGUCGGCAGCCCGGACCGGAGCCGCGGCCGCGCGGGAUGGGACGGCGCCAGCUCUGAAGCGCACGGAGCCGCCGCCGCGAUGGGCGACCGCGGGGCAGAGCCAGCCCGAGGGACGGGCCCGGAGCCCCAGGGCAACGGCGGGACGGCCCUCAGCGUCAUCACGGAAGGCGUCGGGGAGCUGGCGGUCAUCGACCCCGAGGUGGCCAAGAAAGCCUGCCAGGAGGUCCUGGAGAAGGUGAAGCUGAUGCACGGCGUCUCCUCCGACAGCCUGACGAGGCGGGCGGCUGGCGGCGAGGCGGAACGUGCCCCACGGGCCGAUUUGGCCAACGGAGACCUCGUGGAGGGCUGCGAGAUCAAGUGCUUGGACGACCCGCCUGACACGGCCUCCAAGAUCCAGGAGGAGGACGACGAGAGCGCGGCCAACACGGUGAAAACAGCCCGCAAGCGGCAGAAGAACAACUCGGCCAAGCAGUCCUGGCUCCUCCGCCUCUUCGAGUCCAAACUCUUCGACAUCUCCAUGGCCAUUUCGUACCUGUACAACUCGAAGGAGCCCGGCGUGCAAGCCUACAUCGGGAACAGGUUGUUCUGCUUUAGGAACGACGAAGUGGACUUUUACCUGCCCCAGCUGCUGAACAUGUACAUUCACAUGGACGAGGACGUGGGAGACGCCAUCAAGCCCUACAUCGUGCACCGCUGCCGGCAGAGCAUCAACUUCUCCCUGCAGUGCGCGCUGCUGCUGGGCGCCUACUCCUCGGACAUGCACAUCUCCACCCAGCGACACUCCCGCGGGACCAAGCUGCGGAAGCUCAUCCUCUCGGACGAGCUGAAGCCGGCUUACAAGAAGAGGGAGCUGCCGUCGCUGAGCCCGGCGCCCGACACGGGGCUGUCACCUUCCAAAAGGACUCACCAGAGGUCCAAGUCGGACGCCACCGUCACCAUCAGCCUGAGCAGCAACCUGAAGCGCACAGCCAGCAACCCCAAAGUGGAGAGCGAGGAGGAGGAGCUCUCCUCGAGUACGGAAAGUCUCGAUAAGUCACUGUGUCCCCCCGUCAGACUCGCCCCCGAGAGGGAGUUCAUCAAGUCCCUGAUCGCCAUCGGGAAGCGUUUGGCCACUUUGCCCACCAAAGAGCAGAAGACGCAGCGGCUCAUCUCGGAGCUGUCGCUGCUCAACCACAAACUGCCGGCGCGCGCCUGGCUGCCCACGGCCGGCUUCGACCACCACGUCGUGCGGGUGCCCCACACACAGGCCGUGGUCCUCAACUCCAAGGACAAGGCUCCCUAUUUAAUCUACGUGGAAGUACUUGAAUGUGACAAUUUCGACACGGCGAAUGUGCCCGCCCGGAUCCCCGAGAACCGCAUCCGCAGCACCCGCUCGGCCGAGAACCUGCCCGAGUGCGGCAUCACGCACGAGCAGAGGACCAGCAGCUUCAGCACCGUCCCCAACUACGACAACGACGACGAGGCCUGGUCUGUGGACGACAUCGUGGAGCUGCAGGUGGAGCUCUCGCCCCUUUCGCCCUCCCAGCUGCCCGAGAUUCACACCAACAGCUGUGACAACAUCUCCCAGUUCUCUGUGGACAGCAUCACCAGCCAGGAGAGCAGGGAGCCCGUCUUCAUCGCUGCCGGGGACAUCAGGCGGCGGCUGUCGGAGCAGUUGGCGCACACUCCCACCUCCUUCAAGAGGGACCCCGAGGACCCGUCCGCUGUGGCCCUGAAGGAGCCCUGGCAGGAGAAAGUCAGGAGGAUCCGGGAAGGGUCUCCCUACGGCCACCUCCCGUCCUGGCGCCUCCUCUCCGUCAUCGUCAAGUGCGGAGACGACCUGCGGCAGGAGCUUUUGGCCUUCCAGGUGCUCAAGCAGCUGCAGUCCAUCUGGGAGCAGGAACGUGUCCCGCUCUGGAUCAAGCCAUACAAAAUCCUCGUCAUCUCCGCCGACAGCGGCAUGAUUGAGCCGGUGGUGAACGCUGUGUCCAUCCACCAGAUCAAGAAGCAAUCCCUGCUCUCGCUGCUCGACUAUUUCCUGCAGGAGCACGGCAGCUACAACACCGAGUCCUUCCUGACUGCCCAGAGGAACUUCGUGCAGAGCUGUGCCGGGUACUGCCUGGUGUGUUACCUGCUGCAGGUCAAGGACAGGCACAACGGCAACAUCUUGCUGGAUGCGGAUGGGCACAUCAUCCACAUCGAUUUCGGGUUCAUCCUCUCCAGCUCCCCCAGGAAUCUGGGCUUUGAGACAUCUGCCUUCAAGCUCACCACGGAAUUUGUGGAUGUGAUGGGCGGCCUGGACGGGGACAUGUUCAACUACUACAAGAUGCUGAUGCUGCAGGGGCUCAUCGCAGCCCGCAAGCACAUGGACAAGGUCGUGCAGAUCGUGGAGAUCAUGCAGCAAGGGUCGCAGCUCCCCUGUUUCCACGGCUCCAGCACCAUCCGGAACCUGAAGGAGCGAUUCCACAUGAACAUGACGGAGGAGCAGCUGCAGCUGCUGGUGGAGCAGAUGGUGGACGGCAGCAUGCGCUCCAUCACCACCAAGCUCUACGACGGCUUCCAGUACCUCACCAACGGCAUCAUGUGAUGCCCACAGGGCUCCUCUCCCUGGCCUUUGCUCCCAGGGGAAGAAGGUCUUGGAAGGUAAAAAGGCAUCUUGAGUGUCGGCAUCUUGCCGGGGCUGCUGCUGCUGCUGCCAGGACUCGCCACAAAUGCAACAAGGAGAAACAAACCAACAGCCCCCCCCUCAGCUGAGCAGCGGGAGCAGGACAAACAACCCCCAGCUCCUGAGAGGUCCAGGUGAAGCAGCUCCAGGAUGGACACGGGCACAGCAGGUCCUGGGAGCUCCCACCGGCUCGUGGGGUGUUCAGGAGCUGGGGAGGGGGAUGUGUGGGGUGGGGGGAGACACAGACCUGACCCCCCCCCCCAUGACUUGAGCCUCCUGCUGGUGCCGUGGGAGGGUGGCAGCAGCCCCGGGGGCUCUGCAUGUGGUUGUGUGUGUGUGUCCCCCCCUCCCCAAACCUGCAGCUGCAGCAGCGUUUCAUUCCCAGUCCCCUCUGGUUUUGUUUCUUGCACCUCCCCCUUCCCUCCCUCCCAUCCCUGGUGCCCACCCCGGGCUGGGGGGGUUCGGGGGGGUCAGGGUAGUCUCGUACUCCCCCCCCCCCCCAAGUGCUUUGGGUUUGACGCUGUUCCAGGACUUUGGGACUGUGAAGCUUCAUCCUCCUCCCUUUGCAAUAAUGUUUGGCUGCUGUUCCUGCCCCUGACCAUCGUGGGGGUGGGGGGAGGCUGGGGUGUCCCCUCAGAAGCAGAGUGGGGGGGCAGGAAGGAGCCUGGUGCUGCCCCAGGGCCCCCCCCUCCCACCCCCCCAGCCUUUGGGGAAAGAAACAAAUUGAUCAGCAGCCCAAAAGUUUGACACCCUCCACCCCCAGGUGCCUGGGCUUGGGGGGGGGGUGCAGCAGCCCUCACCCCCUUCUCCAGCCCUUUGCAGCAGUGAUUUCCUCCCCCCACCCCCCAAUCUCAGCCCGUCCUGCUGGUCAGAUGUGACGCCCCAGCCUUGUGUCCCCCCCCUUUGUUCCCUCCCAGCUGUAGCUCCCGGUGCUGCCCCUCGCCCAGCGCUGGCCUGGCCCCCCCCGUCCCCCCCCUGCUGUCUCAGUCUCUUUCUUUAGCACUAAUUAUUUGUCAUGUCGAUUAUUUAGCAUUAAAGAACAAAAAAUUCUAUUUUAAAAUGCUGGCCAGGCCCCACCUGGGGGGGUGGGGGGGGGUGAGCAGGGGAUUUGGGGGGUGGGGGUCCCUAUGCCAAGGGCACUGCGGCCACAGGCAAUCACCGGCCCCUCUGGGGGUUCCCCCACAGCCCAACGGCCUCUGGGGCAGCGCUGGGGAAGGGGGGAGUGUGGGGGGUGGAUGAGGAGGGGAGAGGGGGCCCUUCCACAUCCCCCACCCACCCCCAUUUUAGGGCAGGACCAAGCCCCUUCCCCGCCCCCGGGGCCACGUCAAGCAAAGCGAGGGCACAGAAGGGGUUAAACCACUAAAAGUUUAAUCGCGUUCUUACUACAAGAAUAAAGGAUUCCUGAGA